GGGCUUGUGCUUGCGCUUGCGCUUGCGCUGGUGGUUGAGGAUGGGCUGGCGGCGGGACCCGGUCCUUUGCCCAGCGCUGAGGUUGGCGGGCCAUGGUGGGUUUGAUUGAGCCGGGCCUGUUCCGUGCGUCCAGCUGGAGAAGGUGGCAGUGAGUGACCGCAGAGGCAGCGGGGCUCGAUUUGGCUGAUUGAGUGGUUGGCAGGCGGCAGUGCCAUGCCCUCCUCAGGUAGAAGUGCACCCUCGGAGCAGCCAUAGAGCGCGAAGGAAGGAGGUCAGCCAAAUCCAACUUCGCCUGUUUCACAGGUUUGGAAACCCAGAUCAGAAACAUAGUCUGACUGUCCAAAGUUUCAAAGAUAAUUCGAGAUAGUUCCCAGGACGGAACCUAAGUUUUUUGGCCUCCAGUCCAUCGCAAUUUGACCACGCCGCCCUCAUUGGGAGACAUCCUUUUCCUGUUUUUUUUGUAGCUGCAACUUCCUGUCAUGCAGUCGGAUACUCUAAUUAUGUAGGCCCCUGAACUUUGGAUAUGCAGCCCCGUGAUAAAAUUACUAUUCCUUUUUUUUUCCCUUUUGCCCAGAAAGGAAGCCUGCAUAUAAAUAAUAGUGCUCUUUACUGAUGUCUGAUAUUUCCUGGUUGAGAUGGGAAACACGAGAGCAGCGUUUUUGUCAAAAUGAAAUUUGAUCUAGUUUUAUCUGCCUUCUAGUAGUUUUGGAAUCUCUUCUUCCCUAUCUUCCUUUCCCUCCCUGCCAAUCAGGUUUCCCUUUGGAAAACAGAUGGUGAUUCAGAGCCCUGGGAUAAGGGGAAUGCUGUGACCUGCACUCUCUAAUCUCCUGGCAGAUGGUCAUCAUGGCCUGAAGAAUGCUGUCAGCAAACACUUUAUUUAGUGUUAUCACAUUGGCGGGAGUGUCUUUGCUGGUAUUUGUAGGACAGAUAGACAUCUGAUCAGCCCUACUUCUGCAUCUCUCCAGGUCAUUCAUUCAACAAGUAUUUAUUGACUACUUCCAUGAGCCAGGAGCCAUGCGGGGCCAGCGAAGCCUGCUGCUGGGUCCAGCCCGCCUCUGCCUGCGCCUGCUUUUGCUCUUGGGCUACAGGCGCCGCUGCCCGCCUCUGCUCCGGGGCCUGGUACAGCGCUGGCGCUAUGGCAAGGUCUGCCUGCGCUCCCUGCUCUACAACUCCUUUGGGGGCAGUGACACCGCUAUUGAUGCUGCCUUUGAGCCUAUCUACUGGCUGGUGGAUAAUGUGAUCCGCUGGUUUGGUGUGGUGUUUGUGGUGCUGGUGAUUGUGCUGACUGGCUCCAUCGUGGCCAUCGCCUACCUAUGUGUCCUGCCCCUCAUCCUCCGAACCUACUCGGUACCACGGCUCUGCUGGCAUUUCUUCUAUAGUCACUGGAAUCUGAUCCUCAUUGUCUUCCAUUACUACCAGGCCAUCACCACUCCUCCUGGGUACCCACCCCAGGGCAGGAAUGACAUUGCCACGGUCUCCAUCUGUAAGAAGUGCAUUUACCCCAAGCCAGCCCGAACACACCACUGCAGCAUCUGCAAUAGGUGUGUGCUGAAGAUGGAUCAUCACUGCCCCUGGCUAAACAACUGUGUAGGCCACUAUAACCAUCGGUACUUCUUCUCUUUCUGCUUUUUCAUGACCCUGGGCUGUGUCUACUGCAGCUAUGGAAGUUGGGACCUUUUCCGGGAGGCUUAUGCUGCCAUUGAGAAAAUGAAACAGCUCGACAAGAACAAACUACAGGCGGUUACCAACCAGACUUAUCACCAGACCCCACCACCCACCUUCUCCUUUCGAGAAAGGAUAACUCACAAGAGUCUUGUCUACCUCUGGUUCCUGUGCAGUUCUGUGGCACUUGCCCUGGGUGCCCUAACUGUAUGGCAUGCUGUUCUCAUCAGUCGGGGUGAAACUAGCAUUGAAAGGCACAUCAACAAGAAGGAGAGACGUCGGUUACAGGCCAAGGGCAGAGCACUGGCUCACCCGGGUGCUGUUACCUUCCAGUCACCUGCCUCACGGGAAUGGAAUGAGCUGGGAGCCCCCACCUUGGGUGACUGCUCACUCAGCCUCUGUGAUGGCAGUGUGAGCUGGGUUGUCAGCUACAACUUGAGUGUGUUCUGCUGCCUGUGUUGUCUCAAGUCUCCAAGGGCAGCUUUUCUUGGAAUCCUUCAUCAAAAAAGAGCCAUUGGGGCUGCCGUAUGGUACUGUGCAGGGACAUUUCAGAGACCAACCUGUUGACCACACUACAAAAGCAAGACACAAUGUAGAAAAAUCCUAGGACUGAUGUCUCUUUACUCAGGCAAACAGAAGUUUCAGCCCCAGACUAGGGGUCAGGCAAUUGGCUACCUUGCCUGCCUCUUCCAGGUCACAGCACUGGGGCUAGCCACCACCUCUUCCACUUUCUGUCUGGGAAAACACCUAUCUGGUAUGCUGAACUCCUGGCUUCUCAAUGGGGCAAAGACAUUAGGCCUACUGCCGGUCACUGCCACUUUUGACAUGCUACUGAAGGAAGAAAAAAAAAAUAAAGGCAUUUAAUUUGUAAA